AUGUCUAUUCGCGUUCUACCCUGUGAAAGCGGAAAUAGUUCAAUAACAUUCAUAGGCUUCAAUCAGGACUAUGUCGGCUUGCAAAAUGGCUUUCGAAUAUAUAAUACCGACCCACUAAAACAGCUUGAAAAUUGUGAAUUCAACACUUGUGAGGGCUCUGGGGUUGGUUUUGUUGAAAUGCUUCUCCGCAGCAGCUUUCUCGGUCUUCUUGGCGGGGGACGUCAGUCAAUGAUACCCAACAACACCGCCUGGGUGUGGGAUGGUGUUGAACAAAAAGUUACUCUUGAACUCACCUAUGGAAGUGAUGUUCGUGCCGUUAGACUUCGCAAAGAUCUAAUCGUUGUGGUUUUCGUGAACGCAGUAAAGAUCUACACCUUCGGUUCAUGUCCAGAGCUUCUCUACCAGGCGGAGACAGCGUCAAAUCCCCAAGGUCUCUGUCACGUCUGUCAGAAUCCCGAGAAUCCCAUUAUCGCUUUCCCCGGUCGGCGUGUGGGUAUGGUGACACUAGUUACAUCACCACUGACUGCAUCAACAACGACGGCGCCACCACCACAUCAUGUGUCGGCUCAUCAAAAUCAACUGGUAGCACUGACGAUGAGCGCGGAUGGAGAACAACUGGCCACUGCUUCUCAGCGUGGUACCCUCGUCCGCGUCUUCGACACCCGUUCCUGUGACCUCCUCUACGAGCUGCGUCGGGGCUCAAACGCCGCAUUUAUCACCUGUAUAGCCUUCGACCAUGCCACCGCCUUCACUACACGUCGUCUGGCCGUCGCCAGCGAUCAUGGUACCCUUCACAUCUUCUUCCUCGACCCUCUUGAGAAGGGGACGUCCUGGUCCGCUGGCGGUGUCGGUGGUGGUGGCGGAAGUGGUGCGGCCAGCUCGAGGCGUCCGCCCCUGGGUCAGGAUUUUACACGUCAAGCGGCUCAGGCUGGCCGAUCGGCUAGCCUAUUACCGCGAUACUUCUUCUCCACCUUCAGUCAUGUACGCUUCUCAUUGAAUACCAAAUUCAAAGUCAUCUGUGCAUUUAGUCCAUCCAAUCCAGAUACCUUGAUUGUCCUUGCAUCGGAAGGCACCUACUCAAAGUACAAUUUCACACCAAAUGGUGUGGUAACCAAAGAACAGUCUAUUAACUUUUUGGAUUUUUAUGAUGACGAAAGUGAUUUGUGA